AUGAAGGUGGUGGAGCUCAAGGAGGAGCUGGGCGAGCGUGGCGAGGCCCUCUCGGGCAACAAGGCGUGGCUGCGCCGCCGGCUGCACGCCGCUAUAGCGAGCGAGGAUUUGGAGACCGCGCUGCGGGCGCCGCCGGAGAGCAGAAUUCAUAUCGUUGCUCAGGUCACUCUCGCUCGUUUCGGACACUUGUACCUCCACGGCUGA